GCCAGAUGGUGCGGCCUUCCAGGACGCUCGGGCAGCUGGCGCAGGAGAUGCGUAGCGCAGACCCCCGCCGGAGGCCCGCCCUGCCCGUCGCCAUCCAGCGCCUCGACAGCUGCUACCUCUUCGGAGACGACAGCGAGAGCGAGAGUGAGAGUGAGAGUGAGAGUGAGAGGCCCGCCCUGCCCGUCGCCAUCCAGCGCCUCGACAGCUGCUACCUCUUCGGAGACGACAGCGAGAGCGAGAGCGAAAGCGAGAGCGAGAGGCCCGCCCUGCCCGUCGCCAUCCAGCGCCUCGACAGCUGCUACCUCUUCGGAGACGACAGCGAGAGCGAGAGUGAGAGUGAGAGUGAGAGUGAGAGUGAGAGUGAGAGUGAGAGUGAGAGUGAGAGUGAGAAUGAGAGCGAGAUCGAGGGCGAGGGCCAAGCGGCGCCCCAAAAGCGCAGCUUCGAGGACGAGUUCCUCAGCGAAGCGACGAAGCGGCGGCGCUGCGAGUGAUCAGGACGCCCUUUCCUGCCGCAGGAGUGGCGGCAGGACCUUGCAGUCAAUUUCUAGUUAUGAUUGAAGUAAAAUUAAUAGAUAAGAAUAAUGAAAAAGGUA